CAUUUCAAACACUCCUACAUUUCUUUCUAUACCCUUUUUUUUCUUACUUCCUUCUUAUCCUUGUAGUCCAAGAAAUCCCAAAAAAAAAAAAAACUAUUCCAAAGUUUUGGAAAACUUUGAAUAGAUUAAUGGAGGGCAGAGCUAGAUCUGACCUUCCUCCUGGUUUUAGGUUCCACCCAACUGACGAGGAAUUGAUCAUAUAUUAUCUUAGGAACCAAGCAACCUCAAAGCCAUGCCCUGUAUCAAUAAUCCCUGAGGUCGAUAUUUACAAAUUUGAUCCAUGGCAAUUGCCCGAAAAGGCAGAAUUUGGAGAGAAUGAAUGGUACUUCUUCACUCCUCGUGAUAGGAAAUACCCAAAUGGAGUGAGGCCAAAUAGAGCAACUGUGUCUGGAUAUUGGAAAGCCACAGGCACAGAUAAGGCUAUCUAUAGUGGUGCUAAGUAUGUUGGGGUGAAGAAAGCUCUUGUGUUCUACAAGGGUAGACCACCAAAGGGUAUAAAGACUGAUUGGAUUAUGCAUGAAUAUCGCUUAACCGAUUCGCGAAAACAACCCAAGAAGCUUUUGGGAUCCAUGAGAUUGGAUGAUUGGGUCCUAUGUAGGAUCUAUAAGAAGAGGCAUCUGGCCAAAGUUUUGGACCCAAAAGUGGAAGAAUCACUGCCUGCUCCAAUUGAUGUAACAUUGCCAAAUGAUGCUAUUGAUCAAAAUAUGUCAAAAUUCCCAAGACCCUGCUCACUUACUCAUCUAUUGGAUUUGGAAUACUUGGGCCCAAUUUCCCAACUUUUAUGUGACAAUUCAUACAAUUCAAACUUUGAUUUCCAAAACUUCAUUGGCAAUGCUGGGACUGACAAUGCUGAGAGACCCCAGCAAGGAGAAAUACAGUACCAACAAUAUAUGGAUUCAGGGAAGUUCCAAUUGAAUCAGGGUGGCAUCUUUAGCCAACCCACGUUUCUGAAUCCAGUGUAUGAUAUGCGUGGCUUUGAACGCUAAAAGAAAUGAAAAUUGGCCUGGUUUCAUAUAACAA